AUGACGGGAAACGAGAGAUCGAACUCGGUCCCUGAGAGCGAGAAACCGCCAGCUAAGAAAGCUGCCCUUGGCCCUUCUGCUGAAUACUCUAUUGAUUUUGAUUCUUCAGCUGCUUCCCCCGUUGGACAUCCUAGAAAAUGGACCUUUACAAAGAUGGCCGAUAUCCCUCUGUCUAUAAGAUCCGAGAAUAUUUCAAAGUUCUCCAUCGAGUUCCUACAUCAAGGAAUGUUAGGGAAAUCCCUAGAUAUCCCGGCAAAUCAUUGUGUUGCCAGACUGACCUUCCAGAAUGAACAGGAAUAUGUUACUGACUAUGCAGCUGCUGGCACCAAAGGCAUAUUGAUAGAUCUCCAUUUCGACUUGAACGCCUACAACAGUGGAAGUGUACGGGGACCAAGUCACGUGGGCCAAUUGCACAUAAAGCCCUUCAAGUACGAUGGCAAGCAUCGGGACGCGGCAUAUGUUUUUGAGGUACCAAUGAAAAGAACCAACGGGAUGACUUUCCAGGUCAAAGACUUCCUUCGGGUUAUUCAAAGCAAUGACUUGAUGCCGGUUUCAUUCAACCUCAUGGAAGACGAUGCCUUUGCCUGCAAAGACUUCAACUCGCAAUAUCUCUACUGUCUGAACAAGGCCGAUGUCCUCGAUAUCCCGGCUAACACUGCUCAGGAAUUUUACUGUAAAUUCAAUUAUAACUACCAGGAAAAGAAAAAUUUCGGCCAGCCAGACUCGGAGCCCAUGCCAUACGAGAUUCCUGUGGGUUAUGCAGUAUUUAAUCCCACUUAUUUCGACAAGCAUGUAGCUCUUCCUGGAGUUGCUUAUAGAGGGAAACUUCUGUAUGUGUUUCUGCCCGAAAUGCACACUCUCAUUUCGCUUCCUCAGGAGGUACUGGAGCUGAUUUGCGGGUCUGUGGCAUUCGAUGACUUGCCCAGUAUACGGGCCUUGGCUCAGACAUGCAAGGCAUUUCAGAUCGCCACCAUGAAACACCGAUUUCAAAACGUUGAAAUAUUCGUCGCUCGCCGAGCAGAGCUUGCGAAAGAGCUUCGUCAAUUGAUUAAAGUUCUGGGAAAGAAUUCUGCCUUCACCGCCGUGCGACAAUUGACAGUCCUGGGGAAGCUGAUUCCCAUUGAACAUGAUCCCGAGACUCCCAAAGAACGCGCGCAACGUGUCUCCGAUGUCAAGUUGGCUCGCCGUCUGAGGCAAAUUCAUGGUGACGAUUCUGGUGAAGAUGAUGCGAGCUCAACCCCCCAGGAACCAGCACGUGAUGAUUGGGGUCUGUUGCCAAAUUUUGUAAAACAGCUUCAAGGCCUCCGGGACUUCAACUGGUGCUGUGAGACCCUGUUUCCACCGUGUCUGCUAGACAUCUUACAUCAAUCACUUCCACGCUGUGAGCUACACAUUUUCGCCUUCAAACUGCCCAGUUUGUAUUAUAACCCACUGGAGCCUCAAGACAUCAGCGACUAUGAAUUCUCGCUUGCUACAUCACCUUCCCUUUCGACCAUCAUGGUGCCUGUUUUCCACGAUGAUGAUGAAUAUGAGUUUGAAGAUUCAAAUGAUCACAAAGAUGGUCAUGUUGAAUACAACAAGGAGGCGGCAAUUCAACUCGCGUCUGGGUUGGCCCCUAAUCUGAAGACUGUUCGUAUUCUCAUCAAGGACUAUGACUAUGAGCUGGAACCGCUGCAACCCUGGCAAGGCUUUUUCCCGUCAAAUCCUAGCAAAAUAAAAGCGAAUUUGCACCCGAGAAAUUUAGAGGAGCUGAGUUUGAGCCCCGCUGCUGAGGAUAUCUUCAAACCCUGGACUGUGCAAAGCAACUUUUCCAAUCUUCAGGCUUUGCAACUGCUUGAUGCCAGGGUUGACGCCGUGGUACUGGCAGCUAAAUGCCAAUUCCCAUCCCUGAAGGCCCUCGUCCUCGAGAUGAUUGAUCCCAGCGAUGAUGCUGCUUACCGGGAUUUUGAUGCAGCAGCGAGUGCUUUCAUCUCCUCUCUCCCUCCGUUACAGAGCAUUCGUUUCACGUCUUGCGAAAAGGAGAAAACAUUGAAAGCCAUCCUGGAUCGCCAUGCAGACUCAUUAUGUUCUUUAUCCCUCUGGACGGAAGCUAAAACAUACGAAGAGGGAAACGCCAUUUCAGAAGAGUGGAUCACCCAAAUUCGAGACAGCUGCCCAAAUCUGUGCAAUCUAGGUCUCCCCGUUGCACGCACAAAGGGAAACCACGAGGAGGUUCAAAUCUACCGAAUUAUUGCCGGCAUGCCUCAUCUGACCGAUUUGUCUUUACAACUUGUUUGCGAAGGCUGGGAGGAAGAUGAGGAUACAGGCUUAUCUUCAUCAAGCUUUCUGGUCUCAGACACCGAGAAAGCACGAGAGCUCCUUGUUAGCUAUGCAGUCGACGCUACCCUUGCACGAGAAAUAUUUUCGGUCAUUGGGGAAAAUCGCAAUUUGCAACGCCUUGACUUGAACAUGGUUGUCGAGGUCUGUCCCAUGCAGUUAGCUGACAUCACAAAUUUGAUGCAUCGCCGGUGGAGGUGUAUCAGAGCCGAUGGAGACAGGGUCAUUGUUCGGGAAGCUGAGGAAGAAAUGAGAAAGUACACAGAACGCACAUCCAUGGUGGACCUGGAGGAAUAUGAGCCGGUCUUCCGUGAGCUGUGGCCAAAGAAAAAUGCAGAAUGGGUGAAUGAUUGGCAUAGCUUUCCACUUCAAAGAGGCUCAAAGGGUCAAUGA